UCGGGUUUCAGACCCAGUCCCGGUGCACUGAAGCUGCCUUUGUUUGACUAGGAACCAGAGGGAGAGCAAGAGUGAGGAGGAGGAGGAGAAGACUUUAGCUUGGAGGGAGUGAAAGAGCGACAGAGUGGGCUCCAUCUCUCUCUCUGUCACCAUCAAAUAAAUGAAAAGGGAAACUUUAGUGUGGAUUUAAGCUCCCCAUCAGUGAAGAUGGCUUCCUGCAUUCCUCCCUGGUUCUUUGGAUUAUCUCUCCUCGCUCUCCUGUGCUACCAUCACUCCUCUGCCUAUCAGCUGCUGGACGACCGGGGUUCUCAAAGCUCAUUGGAUCUGACGGAGCUGAUCGGCGUUCCCCUGCCCCCCUCUGUCUCCUUUGUCACCGGAUUCGAGGGUUACCCGGCCUACAGCUUCGGCCCGGGUGCAAACGUGGGCCGCCUCACAAAGUCGUUCAUCCCUGAUCCGUUCCAUCACGACUUCGCCAUCACGGUGACGGCGAAACCAACCACACGUCGCGGCGGUGUGCUUUUCGCCAUCACAGACGCAUAUCAAAAAGUCGUGCAGCUAGGUGUCGCCCUGUCAGAGGUGGAAGACGGCGCCCAGAACGUCAUAUUGUACUACACCGACCCAGAAACCAGAGGUGGAACCAGGGAGGCCGCCUCUUUCAAAAUGGGGGAGCUGACAGGACGGUGGGCGAGGUUUACCCUGACUGUGCAAGGAGCAGAGAUCCGUCUCUACAUGGACUGUGAGGAAUACCACAAAGUGGCCUUCACGAGGAGCGCCCAACCUCUGACCUUUGAGUCCAGUUCCGGGAUCUUCGUGGGGAAUGCCGGUGGAACGGGUCUUCCUCGGUUUGUGGGCUCCAUCCAGCAGCUGGUGCUGAAGUCGGAUCCCACAGCUCCAGAUGACCAGUGUGAGGAGGACGAUCCUUACGCGUCUGGUUUUGGGAGCGGAGAUGAAGAUUAUGAUGACUCAAAGGAAGGAGAUGAAGUUAAGAAGAUUGUGGAGGAGAGAGAAUACCCCAUGCUUUUCCCAGCACCGGAUCCCACAUAUGGCGCCCCAGUCCAAGCUCCGCCCACUGAACCGUCACUAAUCGAUGAUGAAGAUGGAGAUGAUGAGGAGUCAUCUGGCCAUGAGUUGGAAAUGACCACCAUAAAAGCAACAACAUCUCAUGCGGUUGCCUCUGAGAGACAAGCUGACGAUUCCCUUCAGGUGUCUACAGGGCAGAAGGGUGAACCAGGUGAACCAGGUCCUCCAGGACCUCCUGGCCCUCCAGGACAAGCAGUAGGUGGGGAUGGGGAUCCUGGACCAAGAGGUCCUCAAGGGCCAAAGGGACCUGCAGGCCCAACUGGGCUUCCUGGGAAAGAUGGCGAGCCUGGGAUGAAAGGUGAACGCGGGCUGCCAGGAGCAGCAGGAUUCCCUGGACUGCCAGGAGAUUCUGGUCCAAAAGGAGAGAAAGGUGAUCCUGGCCUGGGGGUUCCUGGUCCUCCCGGGCUUCCUGGACCUCCUGGUCCACCCAGCAAAGCUUCCAUGGAGGGCUCUGGAUUCGAAGACUUUGACAGCGAUACCGAGGUCGUCAGGGGCCCCCCAGGGCCUCCGGGCCCCCCAGGGCUGCCUGGCCUCCCAGGAUCCUCAGCUGGCGGUGUUGUUCCGGGGCCUCCUGGGGCUCCUGGGAAAGAUGGAGAGAAUGGAGAACCGGGACUUGCCGGAGUUGAUGGAAAAGACGGCGACCCGGGCCCUGCAGGAGAGAAAGGAGACAAGGGAGAGCCUGGAGCGAGCGGGCCACCAGGACCAAAGGGAGAUCAGGGUCCAGCAGGGUUUCCAGGGUUACCGGGGUCAACUGGCACCGAGGGGCAGCCCGGUCCGAGGGGUCCGCCUGGACCUCCUGGACCGCCCGGACCCUCAGGAAGACGCUUCGCCAUGGCGCUAGAGGACCUGGAAGGAUCCGGCCUGCUGGAGGAUUUCGGAGGCUCCCCUGGUCCUCAGGGCCCGCCAGGAGUCCCCGGACCCCCAGGCCCCAAGGGAGACGAUGGUUUGGAGGGGAACCCGGGAAAGCCAGGUCAAAAGGGGGAGCUAGGCGUUAGAGGACCACCGGGACUUCCUGGUCUGGAUGGAAUGAAAGGAGAAAAGGGAGCAAACGGGAACAAAGGAGAUCCAGGAAUAAAGGGAGAACGUGGUCGGGAUGGAGUCGGUGUGCCUGGUCCUCCAGGACCGCCUGGACCUCAAGGACCGGUUAUCAACCUCCAGGAUCUUCUGCUUAAUGCUACAGAUGGUGCCUUCAAUUUCUCAGGAAUAUUUGAAACUCAGGUUCCUGCUGGUCCAAAGGGUCCAAAAGGUGACAUUGGAUUGCAAGGUUUACAGGGACCUCAAGGGAUAAAGGGUGAAAAGGGUGAACCCGGAUUCCUCACCGGGCCAGACGGAUCCCUAAUGUCGGAUCUGGCUGCAGCGUUGGGAACCAAAGGAACCAAGGGAGACAACGGCGUUCCCGGAGCCCCUGGAGUUUCUGGUCCAGUUGGACCACCAGGACCAAAAGGAGAAAUCGGUUUCCCUGGUCGACAGGGUCGUCCGGGGUUACUGGGUCCAAAAGGAGUGAAAGGAGACCCUCAUGGCCUACCAGGACCUCCUGGACCUCCAGGACCCCCAGGCAAGCCAGGAAUGUUCACCUGCCCCAAAGGAACAGUGUUCCCCAUCCCUCCCAGACCUCACUGCAAAAUGCCUCUUCAUCCCAAUGGAACAGUUGCAUCAGGAAACUGCCAUCAAGGAGCAAAAGGAGAGAAGGGGGAGAGAGGACUUCCAGGGUUUCCAGCUCCCCAAAGUUCAUUUCUCCCCACAGGUGGAUGGCUGAUUAAGGGUGGCCAAGGCAUGAAGGGAGAGAAGGGAGGAAAGGGGGAGGCCGGGUUCCCGGGCCAGCCAGGCAUACCUGGGAGGUCCGGAUUGGUGGGACCUAAAGGGGAGUCGGUGCUUGGACCACCUGGGCCCCCGGGGAUGCCUGGCCUACCUGGGACUCCAGGCUACGGCAGACCCGGUGCCGUCGGUCCUCCUGGUCCUCCAGGACCGCCUGGACUACCACAAAGAUACGGCUCAGCUGUGGCCAUUGCUGGCCCUCCUGGACCCCCGGGACCGCCUGGAGCCCCUGGGACUUCAAGUAACUCUGCGUUUCUGAAAACCUUUUCAACUCGAGAGAUCAUGAUGCAGCAGACGUCGAGGGACGAAGAGGGAACUCUGGCUUACGUCAAAGCAACAGGAAACCUCUUCCUAAAGGUUCCCCAAGGCUGGAAGGAAAUACAGCUGGGCAGCCUCAUCUACCUCUCCAGUAACAUCAUCCCCCAAGAUGAGCCUCGAGUUGCAUAUCAAGUAAGAGGAGAGACGAUGCAGAGAGUCCGUUCAGUCAAAGAAAGGCUAAACUUGGUAGCGUUGAAUCAGCCGCACUCAGGGAACAUGAUGGGGCUCGACAUGGCUGACCGGAUGUGUUAUGAGCAGGCCAAGGCCAUGGGUUUGGCUCCCAACUACCGCGCCUUCAUGUCGUCCCACAAGCAGGACCUGGUCCAUGUCGUCUAUCCCGGUUUCCGGGACUCUCUGCCAGUAACCAACCUCAGGGGAGACGUGAUAUUCAGGAACUGGCAGUCCAUCUUCAUCGGCAACGGCGGACCAGUGAAUCCCAGGAUACCCAUCUACUCCUUUGAUGGCCGGGACGUUUUAGCUGAUCCUUUCUGGCCCAAGAAGAGCAUCUGGCACGGUUCCACCAGCAGGGGUCUCAGAGUGGUCGACAAACACUGCGAGACGUGGCAUGCGGACGACUUCUCCGUCAUGGGCCAGUCCUCCAGCCUGACCUCAAGGCUGCUGCUCGGCCAACAGACCAGAAGCUGCUCCACCGAGUUCAUCGUCCUCUGCAUCGAGACCUACAAAAACUCUUAACUCUCUCAGAAAAAACCCAACUUGGACGUAGUAAACAUUAAAGACUCUUUGAGGACAUAAUUUUAGCUGUUUGUGGUUUUAAACCAAAGUCAUCUUUUAGUUUCCUGAUUUCUGAGAUCAGUUAGAGGACUGGGGGUCAUGGUGUUCUCUCUCCGAACAAGAAUCACAGAAUGUCUUUAUUUAUUACAAAGCAAGUCAAAGAUUUCCAACCUGGUGGCACAUACAGCGAUGCAGGAUAACACACAGAAGUUUGACACUAUGAACAAACAAAUGCAAACUCAGCGACAAUGAAUUUAAACAUGCAACACCGCAGCUGCAUGGAUAUAAAGUAGCACAUAUUCCUUCUGUUAUACAUUAGAUCAAAAAUACGAGAUCAGUGACUGAGCCUUGAGACCUACUUCUGUAUUUGUUUAGGAAAAGGUUGUUUCGGAAGGUUUCUUUAGUGUUUUUUCUACUUCUACUACAUGGAAGACCAGACAACCAAUGUUGCCACCAAAGACAUUUGUGAUGCACUGUACUUUUUUGUUUUUUUCUAGUUCUGUGUUUGUUUGAUGAAUAUUCUUUUUAGGAGCUUUCUGUUUAAAGGACUUAUUUAAUUUAAAUCUAUUGAUUUAUUUAUGCUGUCACAGCACAUAAACAUCAGACAUUAGACAAUAAAAAUUGAGAAUGUAAUUUAUCAUUUGUUUAUUGACUCUCUCUUCUAGAUUUGGUCUAUUUUUGUACAUUGUUCUUUAACAAGAAAAAAGUAUUUGAGUGUCAAUAGAAGGUGAUAAAUGUAUCAAACCAUGCAAUGCAAAUUAAUGUUUGAAAGAACAAAACAAAGUGCAAAUGUGAGAGCGCAUGUUUUGUACAAAAUGCAAAUAUUUGUGGUUUUGGGAAUAAAGCUAUUUCUUUUCAUAAACUGUUA